AUGAAGUAUACCGGCGUGAUUGCAGCUUUCGCUGCCGUGGCUGCUGCCCAAUCUGUCACCUCCACCGGAAGCUCCAGCACACCCACUGGCUCCAGCAGCUCGUGUGAUGCUCAAAACAUUUUGGAUGCCUGCAAGGCCACUAUCCAGGGCCAGAUCAACACCUGCAAGGCCAACGACUACAGCUGCUUGUGCGAGAACUAUGGCAACCUCCUAACGUGCUACAACAACUGCCCCAACGACAUCGGCGUGGGGACCGUCCAGCAACAGCGCGACCAGAACUGCAAUGCCGCGUCCGUCUAUGGCACCACCACGAGUUACGGCACUGCCUCGUCGACUGCAUCUUCCGCUUCUGCUACUGGCUCCGAUUCCGAGACCGCAGCCCACAGCGGCUUUGCCUCCGCAACCGAGUCCGAUGGCGCCCAGUCCACCAACUCCGACAGCGGAGCCGCCGCUCUCCAGAUUGGUGCCAAUCUGCUCUUCGCUGCUGGUACUGCUGCAUACCUCUUCUUGUGA